AUGCUGCGACGCCAUCGUGUUGGAGACGACUCUGAAGUGGAAGCCGGGCAGGAAGGAAACGAUGCCAAGAGUACUGAGAUCUCACUGGCUGCUCCGACAUCGCCAAGCUCAACAACUCCAGACCCACACGCCUCAUCUGCAACAGAUUCAGCUCCACACGUCCAGCGUGAUGAUAGAAUUAAACGGAUAGCAAGGAACCCGGUGCCGUUUGGAAGUCUGGUGGAAGCCAUGAGCUACGUGGUAUUUCUCAUCCUGUUCAUCCUGGCCACCACUGUGGUUGAAGAGAAUACUCAAGCUUUCUACUUUGCCAAUCGACUGAAAACUGCACUCGUCGAUCAGUCCUUCACAGUACCGACAGUCUCUACGUCCUCUACGUCAACUUCACCACCUGUUAGCAGUUCAUUGCCAACCAGCUUCACUGCAAUACGAGAUCAAGCGCAGAUGUGGGCGUUCCUUCAGGGUCCCUUUGCUGACGUCGUGUACGGUACUGUCGACGUGAGGAAUGCUACGACCGAAACGGGAAGUGUAAUUGCGACUUCCAACCGCUUAUUAGGAGGCGUUCGUCUUCGAACUCUGCGUGUAAAAGCUGGAACGUGUCCACCGUUGCGUCAAAUUCCCGAGUACGAGACGAUUGUUCCGUUUUGCUAUGGCAAAUUUUCCAGUGACGUGGAGGAGAAGAAAGGUUACGGUCUCAUUCUCAACAGCGAAGAUAUCGUUGCGUCGAUAAGUUACGCUACAGCGAGGUUAUUUUUCAAUGAUUUGGAAUUAAAUGACGUCACGAAGACAUAUACUCAUCUCCAAACGUGUUAUUCGGACUGCGAACGGGUCUGUGGAGAGGAAUUUGGUGUCGACAAGUUUCGAUACAUCUCCCAGUGCACUGCGCAGUGUGCAGUUCAGUGUACGUGCAUUUACGAAGAACCAAUUGGUAUUCAUCUCUGUACAGAUCCCAAUCCGAAUGGGGAGGGAGGAGCGAUCCCUACCGCUGUGCACGCGUAUAACUGGAGUAGUGCCAAGGUAACACAAGCGAUGACAGUGCGUGGCUACACUGACGUAUCGUUUCCAGGAUCCGGCUACGUGGUGGAUCUAGGCUUGAAUGGGACGCUCUCUCGUGAGAGGUUGGUAGAACUAAAGACUGACAGAUAUCUCGACCUUCCUACUCGCGCCUUGAUUGUGGAUUUUACCGUCUACAACGCGUAUCUGCAACUCUUCAACAUUGUCGAAAUUGUGGUCGAAUUUCCAGCUUCUGGGGGCGCAUUUGUUCAGCUCUCGGAUGCAGUUCUGCGUCUAUUUCGUUACUCUUCGGCGAGUACAGGGCGGAUUAUAUUGGAGGGUUUUGUGGUAUUUUAUGUCAUGAUCCAGUGGUGGCGCAUGCUGAAAGAAAUGUAUCGUGACGGGGUGAAGGGUUUCUUGACUGCUUCUCUGUGGAAUGUACUUACGGCGUUGCAUCUCGUUGUAUUCGCAGCAACAAUCGCUGUAAGACUCUACACCAUCGAUCUAGCGUACGGAACAAUGAGUGGGAAGGCGGCAAAAGCAGUCACGUCGGCUUCACUGGAAGAAAUCCCGAACUUGCAAGGACUUGCAACUGUUCUGUAUGUUGAAAGCGUGGUCGAGAGCAUCAAUGCGGCUCUGGUGUGGAUCAAGCUGCUGCAGUACACCACAGUAUCUAAGCGCAUGAGUCUGUUGCUGCGGAUGUUAGGUCGUGCUGCUCGUGAUCUGGCGUGGUUCUUCGUCUGUUUCCUCGUUUGCAUUUGUGCAUUUGCACAGAUCGGUUUGCUGCUCUUCGGGUUAGAUGUGCGUGGCUUUAGUUCUCUUGGUGUGGCAAUUGUCACACUGUUGCAAGCGGUGGCAGGAGAACUGGAUUAUGUUGGCAUGGCGGAUUCUCACCGAGUGGCAGGCCCAGUUUUCUACAUUUUGUACUAUCUGCUGUUGUUGCUCAUCUUGGUGAACGUUUUCUUGGCCAUUCUCAACGACGCGUACAUGCAGACAAUCACUGAACAAGAAGAGGAAGACGAAGAGCUAGCGACGGCUGCUCAUGACCAUCUCAUGGGCUGGGAUGAGUCUGGAGAUGUGGUAGAUGCCAAUGCAGAUAUUUCUCCCAGCGAAGAGCGAGCGCUCCAAGCUGCUCGACGUGAAAUGGAACAGUUGCGUAAAUAUCCGUUUUCGAAGGGGUUUUCGCCAGCGUUUAGGCUACUUGUGGCAGACUCGAAACGUUUCAUUGCCGAAAUUCGCCAUGGCAACAAAGGUGUGAAUUUCACGAAAGUGGAUCCUCUCAUCAUGUUGCCCAAGACCAAGAAUAAGUGGCCACAACCUAGUGAGACUGCAUCUCGCAAGUUAACACGGCAUGUGAAGCGACAGGUAGCAAGCGAGUUACUGGAAGCGGAAGACCGAAUGCGCGUUAGCAGGCGCGUGGAGUUGCAACAAUCACAGAUUGAGAAUUUGCGGCAUACAGUGGAUGAAGACGUCGCUGCUCGACUCGAGGCUUUGGCGGAGAGUAACCGGCUUAAAACUAGGCGGAUGCAAGAUCUGGAAAAGACUCUUGGUUCCAUUGAGAAGCUGUGCAUGCAGCUCGUGAGCGACACUGCUUGUUUACGUGUUGACAGUGAUGAAGACGGCGAGAAGACCAGACCAUCGUCUCGAACAGCGUCGUCUCGGCCGUCCCGAACUUCGUCUCCAGCUAUCGGAGGGAAGCGAAAGUCGUCUGGAGGCUCGAAACGUAGUCUCUCAUUCGCAAUCAUGACAAAUCGACAAAAGGAACGCAAAAGCGCUGGUGAGGAAAUAGAGGAGAUCAACCUGUAG